AUGGGGAAUUGUAUAAUUAUACAAAACAAGAUCAUGCAAAAGGGUGAAGAAGUCAUCAAACAUAGAGGAUCCAUGAAAGUUAACCAAGUCUUAGGUGGUCAGACGUAUGAUCCGUUGCCCCUUUCGGAAAAAGAAGGCGUGGAUAGAGUUGUGAGGAUCAAGCUGGUGAUAACGAAACAAGAGUUGGAGGUGAUGUUGAGAAAAGGAGGGGUUUCAGCAGGUGAUUUGGCGUCGCGUAUGCAAAAAGAAAGCUCAGAUGAGGCGGUUGUGAUUGAAGAAGAUAGUAGAAGUUGUGGAAGAUGGAAGCCUGUUUUAGAUAGCAUACCUGAAUCAAACUAA